ACCCCCUUAAUGGGCCUCAUUCUUUAUGGAAAAACAACAUGGAUGUGGCUCAAAAGCGACAGAAAAAAUGCUGGAAAGAUUGGAUGAGCCAGCUACCCAGUCACCUGCAAAAAGCUCCACUUAAUAAACUCGCCAUUCCAGGGUCUCACAAUUCGUUUUCCUACAGCUUGGAUCCACAGUCUCAAGUGGCCCCAGACCAAUCCAAGGAAAUACAGGCAGUCGUGCACAUGUUUGGCGCGCCAGGACGUGACGUCAUUCAUCGUUGGUCCAUUACACAGAAUCUGACUGUGGAACAACAGCUGAAUUCGGGGAUUCGAUAUUUUGAUAUUCGCAUUUCUAGACACUCUGCUUCUGGAAAGGUUUGUUUCGUUCACGGACUUCACGGCGCAGACGUUAUCCCAUGCUUGCAAGAUAUUAAGAAAUUCCUUGACUCCCACCCGAAGGAGAUCGCGAUUUUAGACUUUAAUCAUUUGUAUGAAAUGGAGGCCUGCCAUCAUACAUCCUUGCUUGAGACCAUGACCGAGAUAUUUGGAAACAAAAUCUGUCCAUUCUUGAACAUGGAGUGUUUAACUCUGGAGAUGCUUUGGGAGAGUGAACUUCAAGUUAUUAUUUUAUAUCAUAAUGAAAUCGUGUCUGACAACCCAUUUUUUUGGUCUGGAUCAUUAAUUAGAUCACCCUGGGCUAAUUCAACGGAUAUAUCCCACGUUUUAUCUUUCCUCGACAAACACAAAAGAGAAAACGACGAUAAAGAACGAUUUUUUUGUUGGCAAGGCGUAUUAACGCCAAACGCACAAACGAUCAUUUCGCACUUCUCCGGAAGCUUGAAAGAUGUUCUUGCUUCGAGGUUGGCGCCAUUCUUUGUCACGUGGGUGAAGAAUGGUAAAAGUGUGAACUGCAAGCAUGGGAUCUUCAUCAUGGAUUUUGUAGAAAUGGCAGAUUUCAUUCCUACUGUUAUUGACCUCAACUAUUGAACCGAUUAUUAUUCUGUGUUGUUAAUGUCCACAUAUCAUUUUUGUGUAUUUUUUAAAUUAAACUAAUUUAUGAAACAAAAAA